AUGGGUCAAGAAAGGAUUCAAAUUUCUGUUCUUGUGUUCCUGAUGUUGUUAUUCUCAGGUAAAAGUCAGUAUUCUUAAAAUUAAAGAAAUAUUGCUGCUUGAAUGUCGUGAGUUUGAUGGAUGUAUUUACUGUAUGUGUCCACUAUUUCUACAAGAAUGUGAUAUAACACUUUUCUUAAUCUGUCUUUCAUCUUCAGGAGCAGAGGCCGGACAAAAUAUCUCCUCCAUCACUGUCAAAGCCGGAGAUGAAGUCACUGUACCUUGUGGAAAUGUGACUAAAGACAAGCAGAGUAGUGGCACUUUUUUUUGGCUUUUCAGUCCUCAUCCUUUUGUUUCAGCAAAAGUGUUGGUUACAAGCGGAAAGAUUAAAAAAAGCAGGAUUUCAAACGGAAGGUUAGAGAGGCUGACAGUCGGCGAGAACUGUUCUCUGGUUAUAAAAGAUGUCAAACGUGCGGAUGUCGGUCAAUACUCCUGCAGACAGUCCAAACAAGGAGAUGAACAAACUCUAGACUUCGACUAUUAUCUCUCUGUUAUCGAAAGUAAGUAUUGACUUUAAAAAAUAGAGCCUCAAACAUCUUGUUCCGACGAUAUAAAAUCAUUUAAAAGCUUGUUUUUGUUCCCUCACAGUGUCUACAGUUGAGAAACAUGAGUCCCAGGAUGCCGUCAUAUUUUACUGCACCGUGUUCAGGUUUGCAGAGUGCUGGCACACAGUGAAGAUGCUGUAUAAAGGUGACAUGAAUGACAUGAAGACAUUACAGGCUUCCUGUUCAACCAGAGUGACUUUUACAACUCCUUGUGAUCUGGAUCCAAAUGUUGGACAAACAUUGUAUUGCAAAGUGACAGAUCAUAAGAGUGGGCAAACUCUGCUGUACGAUUACAGCUCUUGGUUAUCAGACAACAAACCAGGUACAAUUUGAUUAUUUUUGUUUGUUAUGGUCUUCAUCAUUUAUUUUCAUCCAAGUCAAAUGUGUCAUUUUUAAUUUCCAUUUGUUGUGUUUCGCAUCUUCAUCUAAAGGGGGCACAUCAGCAGAGAGAAAUCGAACAUUAACUGUGAAGGACUAUCAUGGACACCACGGUACAGAUUUCUCUCUCUGCUUUAUUGUAACAUAUAAAUGCAAACUGAUACAAGUUAAAAUACAGAGAUUUUGGACCUCUUCAGAGCAGUGUAACAAAAGAAAAUUUAAAUGCUAAUAAUAUUAAACUAUAAUAGUACAUAUGGAAGCACGAGCAAAAAAUAAGGCUUGUAAUGAGUGAAAAAAGGCCUGAAUAUGAAAAAAUGUACAUGUCAGGUUUUUUUAAUGAGACAUUUUCAAGCUUUUGAGGAAGUGGUGUCAAAACUUGGCCCACUGUUCGUUGGUCACUCUCUUGCUCUGGGUCUGAUUUCCACCGCUAUGCUGAUGAUCUGCGGUUUUAGUAGCCCCCCCCCCAUCAAGUGUAAAAGAAUCCUCAUUAGACUUUUGCAUUUGACCUGCACGUCAAAGAAGUGACAAAAGUUGCCCUUUUUCCACCUCAGGGGUUAUUAUAUUUUAUACUCAUUACAAGCCAUUCAGAUCUCAUUUUCGGAGUGUAACGUUGAAAAAAGCUGUUUUAUCUGGACUUUUCAGGUGGAUUUGCUUAAUUACUGUUUACUCUACAUAAGACAAAACUGUGACCAAGACUUCACAGUUUUUGUGGUGUGAUAUCUAGAGGAUGCAUGACGUGGCCACACUUUUGAGCUAAGAGCACUGCAUGUGCACAGAAAACAACAUCCAGGACUUUACUCAUGCUGCCACCUGUUGACUCACUUCUGAUUCGAUGGACCCUGUUUUUUUUGCUCCCUCUCAGUUCCAGCUCUAUUUAGACUGAUGAUCGUGACUGUGGGAUUGUCAGCUCUCAUAGUAACUGUGGUGACGGUCAACAUAUGGACGAGAACUGGAGGUGAGAACCUUUUGAAUUAGACACACCCGAUUCGAAAACAGCUGCCACACUGAGUUAAACAUUGAAAAAGAACAGAUAUUAAUGGUUUGUAAAUCAUGUAAAUUAUAUAUUUAAGUGAAAAAAGGUGCAACACCAACAUAUCAAGUGUUAAAAAAGAGAGUUCUUACUGUUUAUGAUUGCCGUAUUGACCACUGUGUUGCAUCGCCUCUACAUUUUACACUCUGUAGAUAUUUGGGGACUGAUUCUUAGGAUUUCCCAUAUAGAUUUUUUUGCCAAAAGCUGGAAACAGGGUCUUCAUAUUGUAUAUUUAUUACAGUGUGAAACAUUUUCAGUGGAUGACAAGUCAGCAUGGACUCUUCUACUACAGAGCCAUGUUGUUGUAAUCCCUGCAAAAUGUGGUUUGUCAUUGUCUUGCUGAAAUACGAAGGUCUUCCCUGAGAAAGUCAUCAUCUGGAUGGCAUUAGAUGUUUGCUACUAAAACCUGUAGAUAUUGUUCAGCUUCACAAAUGUGGAAGAUACCCAUGACAUGGACUCUGAUAAUCCCAUUCCAUCAGGGAUGCUGGAUUUGGACUGUGCACUUAAAACUAGUCCCGCCUCUCUUUACAGCAAAAACUAUAACCGCCAUGAUUUCAUGAAAGAGACUCAAAUUUUUUUAUUGGUUGGGAUGAAAUUUGAUUUUCUAAAUCAAGAAGAAAUGAUAAACUUUGGUUCACAUUGUGGAAAUUAAAGUAGACUCUUUUUUGUCUUCACAGCAACUAAAACAAAGGUGGAUGACGAUACUGUGAGUUUGAAAACUUCAUUAACAUCAAUUUGUAAUCAAAAUGAAAGAACCAAUUAUUUUAAAUCAGCCUGAAUAAGUGAGAUUUAAAGCUCUUUAUUUUAAUGUCGUGUUUGUUCUUUUUCUUUUAGCAGGACAAAAACAACGUCAGUGAAAAUGAGGGUUCAGCCAUCUAUGAAAGCCUUGAAGAUCACGCUGCUGCUGUCAGACUCCAGUGAGCAACUACUUCAGGAUCAAUAUCAGUUAUUGUAAGGAAAUGAAAAAAAGCUCUUUUUUUAGUGUUAUAACUUUCACAUGAUGCUUUUGAACAUCAGCUUUGCAAUAGUAAUCAAACUCUUUAUACAACUUGAAAGUAAAAAGCUUUUAUAAGUAGCACACUGCAAAAACUCAAACUAAGGAGUUAUUUUUCUUCUUUCAACCAAAAAUAUCUAUCAAACUUAUUCUAAGCCUUAACCACGAGCCCAGUCCUGAUAUUACAAGUUAAAAAAAACAUCAGGAUUUACUGUAAUGAGGUACAGUGUAUUAUUAUGUACAUUUUGUUUUUUAAGCUUGAAUGAACUCUCAGAACUGUGUGAGUGUUUUUAUCAAACAAAAAUGAUUUGAUUUCAAUAAAACUGCUCCAUGUCAUUGUGUUUUAUUCCUCGAGCAUAUUGGCUACAAUAAAGAGGCCAAUGCUUUUUAGAGUAGGGCUUCUGGCUGGAGGUUAAAAAAAGUAUUAGGCUGAAUCUUAUUUUCCUUCCUAAACCCCAAAGCCGCAGAGCUUUUUUUAAAAAUGAUUUCCAUGUCAUGACGUUGUUUGUGGGUUUCAUUAGCUGCAUGUUUCACAUCAUAAUGCAAUGACCACUGGGUUAUUCCCUCCAGCAAAGUCUGCAGAGAUGCUGGCUUAUGAAAAGGGUGCAUACUCAUCUUUUCAAUGAGACCAAACCCUCCAACGAUGGGCAUUGAUUUUUGUUACACAGCUGUUUGCUUUAAAUUGAAUGAUUUUGGCAUUAUCAAGGAGAAAACCGGAUAAAUAUUGAUGCUGCCAGCUACAUCCAGGAUGCCAGGAAUCCCAGAAUGCAUUGCUGGGUAAGUGCACAUUGGGGCAGGACAAGUGUUGGGUUGUUGUGAAGACUUUUUAGUGUGUGACAUGAUGCAUAAGAUCAAGAAAGCACAUCUUUCUCAGGAAAUUGUGGUGCAGUGGCUGGUGUGGGUGCUAGAAACUGAGCAGCAAGCCCAAAACCAUCAACCACACUCACAUCAAAUGUUUCCGGACUCCAAUGGGUAACUUUCUGCCACAUUUGCUGUCUACCAAUAAUCUAAACCCUUUAAAAACUACUUUUAUUUGCUAUAAGCACAGGAAAUUUUGUGUAGAUAUGUUAAUAUAUGGCAGAGCUAAAGCAGUUUAAAAUUGUGUGGUGUGAGUUUUAUCAAAAUCCAAGUUUGGCACAGUGUACUGAACACGCUCACUGACAAAAAGUCACAGUUUGCGGCACACAUGAAGACCAACAUCUCAAGGUUAUCCAGAGCAAAGUUGAUGCAGAUAUGUUCAAUGGUCUCAGAGUUAAAGUUCAUAGAGUUAGGCAUGACAGAGCUUGCUGCCACUGGGGUAGUGAUCUGAUUAAGAUGAAAAAUAGCCUCAUGAGUGUGCUAAGGCCUGGACCCUCAGUGUGCGCGUGUGUGUGUGUAACUUGGUUGAGAUUGGAGUGUUGAUGGCUGAGAAAAAAACUACUUCCUGUUUUACUGUGGGACACCUAUCUAGGAAUAGGUUAAGCUAGCUCUUGGGGGUUGACUAGUGGCAAUGAGGCCCUACGCUACUUCUCAUGCCACAGGCCGGCUCUGACCUCACCCCUCAGCUCUUUAUUUAGAAAUCCUUUUAGUGUUUGUCACUUGGUGAGUAAGUCCACAAUGACUCUGCCUACAGUAGUGUCACAAGUUUACUCUUUACAGCAUUCUCAUUUAACAGUGAAACAUAUAUGAGUACAAACAUGCAAAUUUCUUAUGAAGAAAGGAGGAAGUGGGGAGAUUGAGGAAGAAGACAACAUCAGAAACAAAGCUGUGUGUUAUUUUUCAUCUAAGUGUGUAGGAUUCAAAGAUGAAACAUGAUACUUAAAAAUAAUGUUUACAUCUUGAUUUCUAAAGAUGUGUGCUGUUUACUCGCUAAUCCUUAAAGGGUCAAACCUGCACAGUUGUUUAGAUGUGGUUUCAGACUAGAACAGCUCCCCCUCAUUUCUCAAGAGAAAAAUAAAAAAUAAAAAAAAUAACACUCAGCCACAAACAGGAACAUACAUAUCUUAGAUCGCUAACAAACCACCACCCAAGACUGUUGUAUUUUUGAGUCUCCGCGUAUGAUGAGGCCAGAACUUUGACUUAAGUUUAUUAUAUUAUAAGAUUUUUUAAGAGGGAGAGGUUUGAACAUUUUAUUUUUUAGUUUAAUUCUUCAUUCAGGAAAAUAUUCACAUUCACACAACCUCAUGUCUGUGUCAUCAAAUCCUGUAUGUAAGUGUUACUUUUGUUACAGGAUGCCGGUGAAGCUAAAAUCUUAUAAAAAUCCGCCAAAGGUCGAGCAGAGUGACAGCAUCCACUUCAUCAUUUCUGCGAACAUGUCAGCAGCUCAUGUCCUCUUUCAUCUACAUGUACCCAUAUCUGACGUUUUAGCAGUGAGGUUAUCUCCCCGAAAAAAUCAGCAGAAUAGCAAGAAUAAGAGGAAAAACUCAAGCAAAGAUGAGGAAGUAGGAGCAGCUGUAUAAUAACAGGAAGUUGAAACUGUAACUCUUCAUUCAGAGUCUCAGAGAAUAAAGAACGAGAGACAAAGAUGUUCAGAUUCAGAGGGAGUAAAAUGUCUUUAUUUGGGAAACUGAUGCUUCUGCUUACAGGUAAGAAUUCACAUGAACAUCAUACACCAAUGAAAGAUGAGUUACUGAUGUUUUUGACUUAAGUGGAACUGAUUCAAGGCUCACCAACAACGCUUCACUGUGCCUUCUCUGAUCGUUGUAUGCUGGUGUGAUUUUCUACACGGACAGACUGAUGAUCACUGUCAGCCUUUUGUUUUACAUGAGACUACUUUUGCUCUGCCGCUGGUUAGUCCUUCUCUCUGGGUCUGCUUUCUUGUAAGCUCUGUACGACCCACAUUAUCUGGUUGUCUAGAUGUGACACGACAGAGUUGUGUAGCUGUAGUGUAGGUGAACCUGCCACAAACUGCUCUAUGUUGAAUGUUUAAUUGAACAUUAUUUAAAGAUAUUUCAACAAAGUUUUCUGUUUGAUUUUUUGCAUUUUUACUGUCAGUGCAGUUCCAAAUAUCAGUCUUACUAUCAGCCUUGAAACACUGAUAUCAGUCAACCCCUACUUAUAAAUAUUUGCUGCUUUUUGCUGCAUUUACUUCAAUCCUCAAUUAUGUUUUACUUUCAUGUUUAUUUUUUACCUUUCACAGCUGUAUGUGGACUUGAAGAGCAGUCUGUCACCGUCAGAAUUGGAGAUGAAGUCACUUUACCUUGUAAAAAUGUGAUAAAGGAUCAGCAGAGCUGUGACAAAACUACUUGGCUUUACAGUAAAAAUGUGGGGGUCACAUCAGAAGAGCUGGUUACACAUGGAAAUAUCAGUAAAACUGCAAUUUCAAAAGGUUAUUCAGACAGACUGAGAGUCAGUGAGGACUGUUCUCUGGUUUUAAAAAAUGUGAUACGAGAGGAUGUUGGUCGUUAUGUUUGCAUGCAGUUCAAACCAGGAGGAUAUACAGAUGCUCCAGUUUUUCUCUCUGUUAUUAACAGUAAGUUUGACAUUUUUAAAUUCAAACUGUUCAGUAAAAACAAAAUAUAAAACAGUAGAUAAAUGAUGAUAACUUUGAGAAAGUUAAUGUUACUCCUGUUCUUUUUUCUCUCACAAUGUCUCCACCAGUGGAAAAACAAGAGAUCAUAUUUUACUGCUCCGUGUUCACAUAUACUGGUUGUUGGCACACUGUGCAGUGGCAGUAUAAAGGUAGCAUGACUGAUGUCGUCACAGUACCGCGUACCUGUUCAGCAGAAGUGACAUUUCCAGCUCCUCUCCAGAAGUCAAACUCUGAAGAGCAGCUGGUUUGUAACGUGACGGACAAUAGAAGUGGACAGACUCAUCUGUGGGACUUCAACCUUCAGUCCUCAAAUGGGAAUAACGGUACAACUUUUUCAUUUGGCUUUCAACCUAGUUUUAUGACAAACCUAGUGUAUUUUACUGUUAUCUCUUUUGUUUUGUUUUUCUGUGACAAUCAACAAAAACAGGAGAACAUAAACCUUUAGGGGAAGAAGAGACAACAGGAGGUGAAUCCUCAACAAAACCAGGUACAAAUGUGACUUCUUAAAGAGGAACUUUGGUAUUUUCAACCUGGGCCCUAUUUUCUAUGUGUUUGUAUGAACAUCUCUGGAAUCAUCUACCAGUCAUGGUGUUGGGGGGCAGACAGCUUACUGUUCAGGUCUGGGUCAGCUCUUAGUUAUGCUGCUAUAGGUUUAGACUGCCAGGGGUUCUGGCUCAAUACUGGACCAAUUUCAGAAAUUGUUCACAUCAGUCAAACACAGGAAAACAUGACCCAGGUUAAAAAAAUACUGAAGUUCCCCUUUAACUAGGAGAUGCACACUCGCACCAAUGACGCAUUUCCAUGUUCGGGUUACAUGUAAAGUUAUUUCCCUGUUUGUCUUCUCCUUACAGAUUGGUGGCACUAUGUCAUUGUGGCUGCAGCAUUAGCAGCACUCCUGAUGAUCCUCUCAGUCAUUGUGGUGGUCAUCAGGCGUAAGAAAACUAAAGGUGAGGGUGGUUAGGGAUGAAACUACUGUUCUGAUCAGGGCUGUGUCCAGACAUUUUAGGUGAGGGGGGCCCAACUGCAGCACAGACUCAUUCAAGCACUGUAAAAAGAAGGUGAUUUUCCAAAAUCCCAAGAUAGACAACUUACCAAAAGGAGUGAGCUGAGUUUGAAUGCAAAGAUUGACACUGACAGUCUGGUAAAAUUUAUGGAUUUUAUGUGACAACACAGCAUCCCAUCAUCCUGCUCUGUGACCUGUGCAGUGUUUAGGUUACAUGGUCCACCUGCAGUUAACAACACAUACAGUGAUUUUUGCGUUUAGCUACUAAACUUAACCCACAAAGUAUAACAUCUACAUGAGUAUAUCGUGUUUGCAGCUAGCUGUGUUUUUAACCAAAACUGUGGUUAUGUAAGUCCAUGUUAAGUUGAGCUCCAACAAGUGUCGUGAUCAUUGUGAAAUAUAAGCUACUUCCAUUCGUUUAAAAAAAAAAAAAAGUUCGGUUAGAAAGUAUAAAUGUUCAAAAAAGAUUUGUAACCUGAAGAGGCACAAACUCUGAAAAUGUUUUUGGAGUGUCGUUCUUCAAAAGUGCUGUAUCACCUCUCAAAGGGCUGCUACAGCUAGCUCUUAAACAGCUGCUGUUUCUUCUUCAUCUCUCCUCCACUUUAUGGCAUAUGGUAAACAAAUAACUUCUGUAUGCUUAUUUUUGACAUGAUAUUAUUUUCAAUUCUUAUGAAAGGACAGUCAUCGGCAUAAACAGUAUAUUAACAAAAAACACAUUUUUCAAACUUCCAGCAAACUUCGGAGGAGUCUGCGGUUCACUUAAAGUAAUCAGGCCUCUAAACUUGAUUGUCUUAGUCUGCUGACGGCGCUAGAAUCCUAAAGUUGGUGCUACAUAAAAAAAAAAAAAAGUCAUAUUACUGAAACACAUGAAUAUCAACAGUUUAUUGAACCACAAGUUUAAUCUUUGACAAGGCAAAUGGCCAAUCACAGGUGAGAAUUUUGGGAUGCACCACCCCUAACGAUCUCUGUGUGUAGUCUGUGGAUCCUGGGUCAUAUUUUAAACCUGCAAAUCCACAAUUUAAUCUCUCUUUUUUUGUCUUUUCAGGGAACAAAACACACAGGGAUGGAAACACAGUGAGUUGUGACAAAUACUUAUUGUGGAUGGAUAAGGUGUGGAUACAUGCAAGCUUUUAAAGAUACUCAACAAAUAGCUGUUGAAAUGUAGUGUCUGUGUUAAAAGAGCUGUUUCAGGAAAAUGAAUCAAGUAUAUGCAGAUGUACUGUAACUGUAACUUCAUGUUGGUCUUCAGGGUCAGAGCUCAGUGACUCAGGCUGGUGUGGAAACCAGUCAGGAGAAGGUGAGAUCAUGCUCUACGCCCAGUUUAAAGUCACACCCACAGUUUUUUUUUUUUAAUCUUUUUUUUUCUGAUGACAUCAAAACUCACAGUCUUUUUAAUAAACAGUCACACCCCACCCUCUUCUUUAGAGAAAAGGAGAAGUCAAGUUGUGAAACUUCACUAAAAAGCCCACAUGCUACUGAGUACUCAUUAUUGUGUGUUGUCUUCAUCGUGUAGGCGGACCCUGGAGAUGGUGUUGCGUAUGCCACUGUCAACUUCACCAAGAAGAGCAACGGCAAAACCAAGGUAAGAUCUCUGAUUGCAUACUGUUCUGUUUCUUGGCAUUAGGUUGAGUUAAAUGGAACAUGCUAACCACAUCAAUGAGGCCAGUACGCUCAAAAUAGGUUUGUUAACAUCAGUGGCGAUUUUGGUCUGGAAGUUUAGCAGGAAGAACUCAUAAUGCAAUCCAGAAAUACCAGAUAUUACUGUCAUACCCUCACCAAAAAACAGCAGCAAGUGAGAGAGGGGACCACAGCACCUUUGAUGGCAAAACUGCUGCUGAAUAAUGCCAUCACACAAACAAUGUCAAUCUGGUGACAUAUAUUAUCAUAUCAAUGACGCCACAAAAUGGCAGUGUUCAAGACCUCACAAUAUCAAAUAGGCCUACUCAAGAUCGAAACAAUGUGACAAUAAUACAAACACAAAGGCGUGAACGGUGCACACCCAAUACAAUAAUCAAUAUACAAAACCACCACACACAAUAUACCACAGCCAAACAGCCAUUUUAGCAGCAAAGACAGGUCCCUAGGGGAGCCCACGUGUGGUUGUGUCCACCACACACACCCACACAUGUUUCUUCAAACAAUAUGUAAACUACAUUAUAAAUUCCAUGUAGAAUAAUAGACUCACCGAUGUGGAUCCCUUUUUGAAGAGGAAUGACGCUCUGCGGUCCUUGAUGUGUGCAAACUUCUCUGUGACUUUUCUGUGAAAAUCCAACAAUCCAUGGAUGACUUCACUUACCAUAGAAAGUACCACCAGGGCAUUCAGUCUCUGUGCAGACCUGUGCAGUUCCAACUCUCUCUUCUAAUCAGCCAAGGAGAAGCACUCUGGGGCCCUGAAUUUCGGGCCCCACCGCCAAAACACACGCAUGAACGUGCAGCCUUUCGCCAUCUUGACUGUGCUCCACAAAACAGAGGCACUAAUGAACACUCGACACUACAGAAAGUAGAGAAAUUGGGUUCAUCAAGAGAGCUGCAGACGUCUCAAUAUGGACAAAGUUAAAUUUGAACUUGCACUCAACGACAUUUUUGACACAGGAAAAAAAAUAAAUUAAAAAAAAAAAAAAUGGUUAUAAUCUUCUGCUGCACAGCAGCGCCCCCUGUGGGGGCUCCUAAUGCAAAGAUUCUAUUGGUUAACAUGCUGAAGUCAGCCAGGUGUGAUUUUUCUCAUGAUUGCGAUUUUUAAGCCCAGUCUCGCAUAAACUCCUGACUCCUAAAUGUAAAUGUUCAUUUCACACCUUUAUACUUCAACCACAAUUUCCAAGAGCUAUGUUGAACAAAGGAUGUCGGUCUCUGAAGUUUUAAAAGUGGAACUGCAGUGAAAGAAAACAUUUAACGCCAGGACUCUUCUACUACAGAGCCAUGCUGUUGUAAUCCCUGCAGAAUGUAAUUUAGCAUCUUCUGGCUAAAAUAUGAAGGUCCCUGAAGUCAUUGUCUGGAUGGCAGCACAUGUUGCUCCUAAAUCCCAUUUAUACUGUUCAGCAUGAAUGAUUGGAGAUGGUUGUUCUGCAGAUUAUGAAAUCCUAGAAACUCUUUGCAGUUGUAGUCUCAGGAACAUUAUUGUGAAAUUGCUGAAUUUUUAGCUGAUACAGUUUCUAACAGUUACUUAUACUCCCAAUCUGUUCAUGUGGUGUUUGAUAUCAUGAUUCUGCUUAUCCAUCUAUCAUCUCACUCUAUGUAGACUAAACUGUGCUUGAGUAUAUCAAACCAUGUCUUUUAUUGUAAUGUCUUUGUUUUAUCUUGAAGCCCAAUGAAGGUGGUGGUGAUGAAGGUGAAUUAGUGUUCUACAGCACUGUCAAAGUUUCUCCUCCUACAACUGAAGCUUCCAUUGAUCCCAGCAGCCUCUACGCCACUGUCAACAAACCAAACAAAGAAGACGGGACAGGAUAAUUACAGACAGAGUUAUUUCAUGCUAUAGAGAAUCAUUUAAUAUUUAUUGUUCUGUAUAUUGUGUCAUUAGAUGCAGCUGUAAAUACAAUUUUUAAUGUUCUGAUAUAUUAUCAUUAUUAUUAUCAGACUAACUUUUGUUCAUUUAAAUUAUAUAUUUGAUAAGUUUUCCAGUAAAUUGCUGUUAAAAGGACUCUCUAACCAGAGCAGGAUCUUCUAGCCUUUUAGCCAUACCACGGGUUAUUUUAAGAUGUUAGAAAAUAUGUAUAAUACAUGAAAAAUGUGUUCUAAGAUGUUAUUUGGCUUGUUAUAUAAAAUCUUUCUUCAUAUUGACCUGGUUAAAUCUCUCAAAAAAUAAAUGGUGCUCGUUCCUGAUGUA